AUGCUGGUGAAGAAGACACAUUUGAUCCGAUCGUUGGUGUUGGGUAGUAUAAUAAUACUAUUUGUAUAUUUUUCUAGUCAAACCGAAAGUGUUAUAUCAUUGACUAAGGAAGAUGUUAAGGAUGUGGGAUUGGGAGUGGAAGUGUCCGUGCCCGAAGUAAAACAAGUAGUGGAGGAACAGGCUCCAGUGGAAACAAAACUAUACGACACAAUUAUGCCCAUGAUGCCUGAUCUCGAGACUAAACAAGAGUUGGGUAGAGUUUCUUGGAAGUAUUUCCAUACCGUGUUGGCACGUUUCCCUGAACGUCCUACUAUGGAGCAACGUGACAAACUGAAGGAGUUUAUCACGUUGUAUGCCGAGUUAUAUCCGUGUGGGGAAUGUUCGUAUCAUUUUGUGAAAUUGAUAUCCAAGUAUCCUGUGCAGACGAGCAGUCGUAUUGCAGCAUCGAUGUGGGGGUGUCAUGUACAUAAUAUGGUUAAUGAAUAUUUGAAGAAAGAUGAGUAUGACUGUAGUACCAUUUUGGAGGAUUAUGACUGUGGGUGUGGUUCGGACGAAGGAACGCGUGAAUCCCAAAUGAGUAUUGAAAAUGAAGAUCGUCAAUUGGGAGGGUAG